AUCAGAGGCUACUUUGGUGCAAACCGGGAAAUAAUAACUAUCAUGAAGACGGAAACAAAAUAAGUUAAUAAUAGACGACGAUAAUGGAAUAACUAACUUUUUAUACAUAUAUCAGUUGUUGGCGAUGAUAGCUAUGUCAUGCGCUACGUACCACAUUAAGGUCUUCAUGAAUUAUUUCUAUUAAUGCCCCGUAAAGCCGUUAAAACAGAGAAGCCUCCCCUGCUGUUCCUGGAACGGUCUUUGUGUGGAGCCAGACUCCAAAAUGUGCCUGAAGUCCGAGCAGCACUCAAUCCCAAAGAUUUUUUCACGGAGACACAAGAACACAACAGCUCAACUCUUAAGUCUUGGGUAAGUCCACAAUUUGAUAGUUCAGUUGCAGCUGCACCUCCAGCGAGACGAGGGAGGAGGAAAUGCCACUCUGCCACAAGCAUCCUUGACAGUUGCAGUCAGUUGUCCAGGAAAAACAGUGUGUGCAAAUUCCCCUCAUUAUUGUUUCAGACAAGGUCAAGAGACCAGUCUCACCAACCGAAGAGUACACGCACAAAGAAGGCUACAGAGUGUUCUGCUGUGUCUGAUGUGGGAAAUCAACCACUGGGCUCAUGCCGAAUCAAAAGGACAGUUUCAAGUGCACAGUACUCAGACACACCAAAGAGACAGACGAGCUCUCUCAGAAAAGGAAAUGGUGAGAGACUUUCUGAUGGUGCUGCAUCCUCCAGCAGAUUUUUGGACCCACCUGAAACUCUGUCUAUUCACGUGACAGGAAUUCCACCAGAUGGUGCUUCAACACCUGCCUCAAAUACGUUCAGCACCACUGAGGUCAGCAGUGUUGGUCCACCACCUGAUGUGGAUACGCCAAAAGUAAUGCAAGAAGGGAGCAGUUCUCCAUCCUCCACCCCCUUACACUUGCUACUGCCUCAGCUGUGUACACCACCAUGUAAUCAGCCACCUGACAUUUUGGUGGCUGACACACCAGAGAGGGAUUAUGGGGUGAAGGUGACAUGGAGGAGGAGGAGGGGUUUGAUGUUGUUGUUAAAAGAGAGGGGCCAUCUCUCUGCUUCAGACACGUUAAUUCACAGAUGAUGUUGAGAGUUGGUAAGAAGAAGAUUAGGCAAUGGUGUCAACAAGAGAUGAAAUGUUGAUUAUUCAUUGGACCACUUCUAUGAUCUGUAUUCUUUCUAUGAACUAUUUGUAUUGGACUGAACAGAGCUGCUGCUUUCUAAAGUGAUGAUGACAUUUCAAUUUACUAACUGUUUACGUCAUUUAAGAUUGUUAUGAAAUAACACUCUCACCAACCCCCUCUGCACAGCAAUUAUACUUAUGAUUGUAGAAAUCAAAUGACCAAAUCAAAUAAAAAUUGCAGUUAUUAUUUUAGUAUCCAAGAAGCAGGUGUUUUUUUCCAUAAGAGAAUUUUGUUAAGACAGAUCCCAAUUAUACUGUAAUGUUAUAGAUUAUGUUAAACCCCAAUUGUGAACUCUUGCAAAACAAACCUAUUGUUUGUUAUUCUUAUGCAUCAGCAUAUUAAUAGCAGAUAUAUGAAAAAAGGUUGUGUUCAUAUGGACUGUAACUGAUAUCACAUGCCCAACAUUGAGCAAACACUUUAUCCUUUUGCCAGUGACAUGAAAUCUUGAGUCACUGGUGUAAUGGAGGAUCAUCUGAGCACCGCUGUUGGUGAGCGUAAGCAAUGCUGUAUAUAAAUUAAAAUUUCUUUGUCUCUCAAAUGUAUUGUGUAAAAUAUGUGGAAUAAAUGUAUAAGUCUUA